CAGGCUUUUAUGGUAGCCGAUAUGACGUAAUGCUAUUUAACAAUCACUACAUAAUCGAUCAUAAAUUGUUAAAUAUUUAAAUGCACUUUUAACAAAUAGCGACACUACAUCGAUCAAGUAGAAUUAGUUAUAAUAGAGAUUUUACUUCCUAAAUUGCUCUGCAGAGAGAGCAAUCAAGCAGAAAGCGAAAUCAAGUAAAGAGCAGAAAGAUAUGUCGAUAGUAAAUACUAAGUAAAUUUUGGCUAUCUCAAGCCUGUUUGCAAGAUAUGUAAAAGGGGGCUGGCCUGCAAACCAAAUCAGUGUAUAGACUAUCAUUAAUAUGCCAAAAGCUGUAUUCCACUAUUUUCCUGUAAAGGCUUUGGGUGAACCAAUUCGCUUGUUGCUAUCAUAUGGCGGACAAGAAUUCGAGGAUGAUCGUGUUCCUUUUGAUAAGUGGCCAGAAUUCAAAUCAAAGACGCCAUUUGGCCAGAUGCCUGUGCUGGAGUUGAACGGGAAGGUAUACGCUCAGAGCGUAGCCAUCUCUCGAUACCUGGGCCGCAAGUACGGGCUGGCUGGUGCUGAUAUCGAGGAAGACUUCCUCAUCGACCAGUACGUGGACUUCGUCAACGACAUCCGUACACAUGCGGCUGCAGCCUUUUACGAGCCUGAUGCGGCGCUCAAGGCCAAGAAACACGAGGAGAAUGUCAAGAACGUUUACCCGGUAUUGCUGGGGAAGUUGGAGGAGAUCAUCAGGAGGAACAACGGACAUCUUGUGUCUGGCAAGUUGACAUGGGGGGACUUCGUGGCCGCGGGAAUGUUUGACCAUUUCAAGAUGAUGAUGCAAGCUCCAGACUUGGAUACAAAGUACCCGAACUUCAAGAGGUUGCAGGAAACAGUGUUGUCAUUGCCUAGAGUGAAGGAGUACGUCGCGGCUGCUCAGUGAUAAAAUAUUAUAAUGUUAUAAUGCAAUAUGCUGUUGGUGUUCCUUAAAUAAAUAAAUAAAU